AUGGUUUUUGCCAGCUCUACCGCCAGCAUCCUCUCCAGGCUGCUCCUGGUCACAAUGCUGUUCCACCAGGGACACCAAGCUCCAACUCCGCCCUCAGAGACCACCUGCAGUUCGCCCUCAGGCAAGACUUUGACUUGCAAGUCUAUUGCCGAUGAGAUCAUAGGUGAACUAGAUAAGAACCCGGUCCCCGAGCUUGAGCUCUAUGAUCAAAUGAGAAGGCUGGAGGAUGAGAACUUGCAGAGAGAAAACCUGUGCGAAUUCCUGAAAAUGCGAGAGGCAUUGGACCCCAUGGACAACAACAUUACUAUCAAAGCCAAUCUUGAGAAACUCAAGUGCUGCCUGUCCCCACCUGUGGGCAGUCCUAAGUAUGCAGCCGUUGUCAUUCAGAAUGAUUUGGUUGACUUCAAGAGGAAUCUGAGGUUCUUUGUGGACCACCUUACCAAUCUGCUGCCAGUACCAAGAUCUGACUCUGUCACUUCAGGCCCCGUGAUCAAGGGUUGUCAGAAAGGCAGUGAUUAG